UGGCAGACAAUCUUUCUUCCUGUUGUUGGGCUUGUUGACCCUGACAAAUUAAAACCCGGUGAUCUUGUUGGUGUUAACAAGGAUAGUUACUUAAUCUUGGAUACCCUGCCUUCUGAGUAUGAUUCUAGAGUUAAGGCAAUGGAAGUCGAUGAAAAGCCCACAGAAGAUUACAAUGACAUUGGUGGAUUAGAAAAGCAGAUUCAAGAAUUAGUCGAAGCCAUUGUUUUGCCCAUGACCCACAAGGAGCGGUUUCAAAAGUUAGGAGUUCGUCCUCCCAAGGGAGUGCUGUUAUAUGGACCUCCAGGGACUGGGAAAACAUUGAUGGCCCGUGCCUGUGCAGCACAGACAAAUGCCACUUUUCUGAAAUUGGCAGGUCCUCAACUGGUCCAGAUGUUCAUAGGAGAUGGAGCAAAACUUGUUCGUGAUGCCUUUCAACUAGCAAAGGAGAAGUCACCAUGCAUUAUAUUUAUAGAUGAAAUUGAUGCAAUUGGUACAAAGCGUUUUGAUAGUGAAGUAAGUGGAGACAGGGAGGUACAACGGACAAUGUUAGAAUUACUUAAUCAGCUUGAUGGUUUUAGCAGUGAUGACAGGAUUAAGGUGAUAGCAGCAACAAAUCGUGCAGAUAUUCUUGACCCCGCCCUUAUGCGUUCUGGUCGAUUGGAUCGUAAAAUUGAGUUUCCACACCCAAGUGAAGAAGCAAGAGCCCGUAUUCUCCAGAUCCAUUCAAGGAAGAUGAAUGUUCAUCCAGAUGUGAACUUUGAAGAACUCGCACGGUCCACGGAUGAUUUCAAUGGAGCACAACUGAAGGCUGUCUGUGUUGAGGCUGGCAUGUUGGCUCUACGCCGUGACNAUUCCUUUACAGAGGAACAAAAGCACGCCUUCGUCUUCGUUGGAAACACUUUAAGUAUCGCAGUUGUCCUUGGUUUUCUCUUUUAUCUUUCCCCAAAUUGUGAGUGUUAG